AUGUCCGUUUGCGUCGAGCAGUCCAUGCACACAAACGACGACGACCACCCCGACGUCACGAAUAACGUCUCCCGAGACCGAGACCCCUCCGGUAUCGAUAGGCGACCGUCGCGAGACGACUACAAUGGUAACGCCAACGCUACAGAAGAGUUAACCUCGAUCAUGACUGCCUCAAUCAUCACAACAAUCCUCAACACCGCUUCCAACCCCGUAUCUCCCGGACCCUCCAGUCCUCCUCUCGAACAGGCCAAGAGCAAUGACUUCGUGCCCCCGACCCGCCCCAGCAGCACUCCCUUCCUCCACCCCGAUCAACGAAAUUCGGAUUGCUGCUGUCCGAUGGCUGAGGACACCGAGGCCUACGGAGGCCCGGGUAUCACCACCCAUCCCUACUCCCUCGAGACCCCGGAGGCCUCGCCCUCACUGAACCUGAACGAUCUUCCCGCCGAGAUUCACGAGUGCAUCCUUGAUCAUUUAUUCGGAUACCGCGUAUCCACAACGUCAAAGAGUUCGGUGGGCAUGCCGAGCGUGACCAAGAGCUGGGGAACCGCGCUGCGACACUCUCGGCGCAGGGAGUUGUCAGAAUUGGCCCUCGUGAGCCCCGUAUGGAGAAUCCUGAUUCAAGAGCGCUUGUAUCGCCAUAUCAAGAUCAAGGCGACGGUGGAAUCCCUCGAGAUGGCCAUGAUUUACUUCAGCGAGCACGACCACCUUCGUCGCUACGUGAAACACAUUGAGAUUUGGUUCCCGGUGUUCCAGCCCAAGUACGGACCGCUGGCGCUAAGCACUACCCUCGCCCUCCCAACGGUCACCAUGGACGGAUUGACGAAUGCGACCUACACACUCCCCGCCAACAACUGCAGCCUCGAGGAAGCCUUCUCUUUCGUCUCCCAGGCUCUGCCUGACGUUUGCGUAAUGACGAUUGAGGGUGGUGAGAGAAAGAAGGCGCCGAAGGUGCAGCAUAGCUGGCAUAGGCGGCCGGCUGGCUGGCAUCUUCCCACCCUCGAAUCGGUGCGCACCUUGGUGACCAAGGGCCAGUGGAAUCUCAUGCGCAGCGACUCCGAUUUCGCAGCCAUUUUGGGUUCCCUCCCUAAUCUGAACGAGUGGCACGGCUCCUACAGCAAGCCCAAGUCCAAGAGCUACCUAAGCAUGGCCAGCAUUCUUCCCAAGCUGCCGACAAAUUUGACGUACCUCAACUUGUGCCUGGAGAGCGACUACAGACGGGAAUUGACGUGCCCUCCAUUCUACAUGAAGGUCUCCAACCAAGUACACUUCUGUACUCGGCUGGCGGAUGCGACGCCGGCGCUUGAGCACCUGGCAUACACUGGUCGUGUGUGCAAGGCCUUUUUCAACAUGGCAGCCAUCAGAUCCGACCCGAGAACAACCCGGCUCAAGACGAUUGACCUGACAGUCAAAAACUGCUGCCGGCCGGUGCCACAGUUCCACGACUCGGGAAGUGGAAUUCAAGAUAUGAACUUUAUCCACGCGUUUGAGAUGCUUGUCCUUGCAGGCAUCCACUCCAUGUCAACUCUGAAGGCACUCGACUACCUGCGGAUUCGGUUUGUGGACUUGGAUUCUCCUGUUCCACCACUGAACCCGUACUUUGUCCUCCGCGACGGCUGGUGCUCAGGCGUAUGGAGCGACAAUAUUCUAGCAGAGUUGAACCGAGUGCGACCAAACGCGAAGUUUGAGCAGUUGAGCGAAUCCUUUGGCGAAGUCGGGUUUAACAAGGACGGCCGCAUGAUCAUCAGCCCUGAUUACCCGCGCUCGAGAGUCCUCUCACUGAAGCUGGCCAACUAUGCCCUGCUGGCUGGUAGCGUCGCCGCAUUGCCAUAG